AUGCGUAAUGGGCGGGGACGCUACAUGCUGGGACACAGUAGCCGCAUCCAGAUCUUGGAGCGCGCUUGCAAACUGCACCAUGCUAUUGUACGGAGACGACACGUCCGCGUGGACGUCCUGGUCGACGGCGGCCAACUGCAGCACGGGCGCGUCAUCAACGUGGUGGAGGGCGGCCUGCUGAUCGAUUUCCAGUGUCCCGCGCAGCGCUCGCACUUCAUCGCAUACGGCCGCAUCUUCCACCGCAGCCACGCCGUAUACGAGCUGUCCUGGCGAGAGAACGUGCACGUCCUGGUGCUACUGCGUCGUCAUCCCGACGGUGCCUGGAUCUGGUAUCCCGGUCGGAUCCUGCCCCUGGCGGUGCAUCAUUAUGGGAACGCGGAAUGGGUGCAGGUGCAGCUGCCUCACGGCAGCGUCAAGGAGCUGGUCCGCAGCGUCCAGAAAGCUGCCUACGACGGGGCGCGGAAGGACAUGGAGAGUGGUUACGUGUCUCUGACAGCACAACGAAUACCUGUCGUACCCGGCGGAUGCCGAGAGGAAAAGCGGAAGCGUCCUGCUCACGGAGGAUUACCUUUGCCAUUGCCCGUUGAGCUGCUGGUGGAAAUCUUCCAGUCGCUGGACUCCGUCGGGCGCGUCCGCUGUCGGCGCGUCUGUUCACUGUGGAACACUCUCCUCACCACCGAAGCCUACUUCCCCGAUGUCCAUGUUUCCGCGCAGUGCUAUGAGAAGCACACAGACGACAUAUACUGGUUGCUGGCGUGCCUGCUGAAAUUCCCCGGCCCCGCCACCAAGAUGAUCAUCCUAGUGGAUGUGGGUUGGUACCACCUCCUGGGAGACUUGCAGACACUCAUUCAUGAUGCAGGGAAGUCCUCCUGCACGCCGACGCUUGUGAUCCACCAGUGCGAUAUCGCGGGUAAUGGUGACUACAUGGAAAAGGUCGUCAUGCGCAUGACGGACAUGGUCAUGGAGUUUGCCGUGUACGGGAGAAUCCGCUGGAAGGAGUGCCGCGUCUAUGGGCGCCUCGUACAGGCCGUCGUGUCGGAACACUUCUCGCCUGGUGAACUGGAUAGAGAGGUGAUGGAGACGAAGAUGUGGGAUCUGUUCGAACGCGAUCUGGUCUUGCAGGAACCGCUGGAGGCGGCUGGCGCUGUCCGAAUCAUUUGCCGACUACAUUGCUCACAAGCGAACGGCGGACUCGGACCAGCGGAUUAUCGAGGCGCUCGACUAUAGCCAGCGUGCGGAUCCACGCAAGGCCGCGCAGUAUCGCGACCGGGAGUGGACGAUGGCCGAUCUCGGCGAAGUGGAUGUGAGCCAACUGAACACCGUCACGGCGGUAGUACUGCGCGCCAUCCUCCAUCCGGUCAGCUGAACAUCGGCAUUUUGUCAAGCGGAACGGAUACCUUCGUUCUAACUGACUCGUAGACGUUGACGCUCACU